AUGGCUUACAACUACACAAGGACCAGCUCUGGACGCCCUGAGCCAAUCCAGCACCAGCAGAUACCUGUUCAGUCAGGAAAGAAGUACGAGCUGUCUGUCGAACAGCAACCUAUCCGAGCUCGAAUGUGCGGCUUCGGUGACAAGGAUCGAAGGCCGAUCACUCCCCCACCCUGCAUCCGCUUGGUUGUGGUAGACAACCAGACAGGACGAGAAGUCGACUUCCAAGAUAUCGACAGCACCUACUUCGUCCUCAUGGUGGACCUCUACGACGCGGCGGGAGCUGAUGCCGUCAACCUGGUUAGGCAUAGUAGCGCAGCGCCGACAGUGUCCAUCUCCAGCAGCACCACCACUUCGUAUCCUCCCCCUCCGGAGCGAACGCACCAGAUAGUGACGACAUCUAAUCCUUAUGACUACCGGCCACAAGUAACGCCAUACGGCGGCAAUCCUUCGUCAGGGCCGAUGGGAUACUGCUAUCCACAGCAAUACCAAAUGUACGGCCAACCCCAAGCCGCCAUGAUCCCCGCCACGCCCGUGGGCUCCAAUCACACGCGCAACCUCAUCGGCAUGAACGCCGUCAACGCCUGCCGCCUCAACGAUCUCGAAGGCAAGCCCGGAUUCUGGUUUGUGCUUCAGGACCUCAGCGUGCGCACCGAGGGCACCUUUCGGCUGAAGCUCAGCCUCUUCGACAUUGGCGCCGGCGACGGCACAAACGGCACUGUCAACCUAAACGGACCCAGCAAAGGUAAAGGCCCUUGUCUUGCCGUCAACUACACCGAUCCCUUCACCGUCUACUCGGCCAAGAAGUUUCCCGGUGUGAUUGAAAGCACUAAACUCAGCAAAUGCUUUGCCCAACAGGGCAUCAAGAUUCCCAUCCGCAAAGAUGGUGGGCCCAAGGUGCCCAAUCAGUCCGAGUUCGACAACGAUGCAUAA